AUGCAAGCACCCAAGCGGCUCAAGAAACGUGCUGAAGGGCAAUCACCCACAGAAGUGCUCGAGAAAGAUGACACCGAGCUGCGGCUGGAGAAGGCCCUCUUUGGAGACGACGCAGGCUUUCUCAAGUCAUUGAAGAGAGACCAAACCCACGAGGAUCGGUCACUGAUGCGACGCGAGCAUGGAAAUGCGGACGAAUUUGUAGAAGAGGGCGCUGAUGGAGGAUUGAGCGACGUGGCGGAUGAAGACUUGUUUUUUCUCGACACUGGGGCCGAUCAGCUUCCUCCCUCCGUCUCCAAGGGGCUCGAAAGUACCGAACAUGUGCAUGCCGAUUCACGGCCAGAGCCUGUGUGGCACGAUAGUGAUGACGACCGAAUCGUUGUCUCUCUCGCUUCAAACACUCGGUUGCGCAAACUUCGCGACACAGAAGUCGAUGAUGUGGUCAGUGGGAGAGAAUACGUCCAGAAGCUACGACGACAAUACGAAAGGCUUCACCCUACGCCGGAGUGGGUGACAUAUGCCAGAAAGAGGAGAAAGUUAUCUUCUCGCUCGCACGAACAUGAUGAUGCAGUGUCAGACUCAGACAUCUCCGUGGACGAGAACGACUCCGUUCCCUCGGCGCAACCUCUGGCAGAGCUUUUGCGGACAGCAGGAUCUCUGACACGGACAGACACCAAGAAACAAGGAACGAAAGUGACGCGAAAGCUGCGGCCAGAAGUCAUUGAUAUCCAGCGCUGCAAAGACGUAGCGGGCUCUGGCCCCUCGUCGAUUGACUCGCUACAAUUUCACUCUUACUAUCCUCUCCUUCUAGCCGCCGGGCCAAGUUCGACAGUAACGCUGUACCACAUUUCGCCUCAACCGCCGAACCCCAACCCGAUUUUGACCUCGCUACAUUUGAAGGGCACUCCUCUGCACACAGCAGCGUUCUGCCGACCGCUGCUCGCGCCACCUGCCACCACGAAAGUCUUUCUGUCCUCUCGGCGCCGGUAUUUCCACACCUGGUCGCUUGCCACCGGCACAAUCACCAAAGUAACGCGGGCGCUCUAUGGACAAGAAGCACGCAAGGAGCAGCGGACGAUGGAAUCCUUCAAGCUAUCCCCCUGCGGUCGCUACAUGGGACUCGUCGGAUCGUCGAAGAAAGGAGGCGGAAGCAUCAACGUGUUAUCGACAGAGGCCAUGCAGUGGGUGUGCAGCUGUCGGAUUGACUCCCGGGGCGGGGUGGCCGACUUUGCGUGGUGGCGCGAUGGGAACGGGUUUGCGGUAGUGGGCAAGAACGGAGAGGUCAGCGAGUACGACGUCGAGAUGCGCAGAGUAGUCAUGAGAUGGAUGGACGAGGGCGCCGUCGGCACCACCGUCAUCGCACUAGGAGGCGAGGCCGGACAGCAAUGCCGCGGCGGAAGCCGUUGGGUCGCCGUCGGCUCGUCGAGCGGUGUUGUCAACUUGUAUGAUCGACGCGGCUGGAUGGGCGGCCAGACGAUGACUUCAAGUGACGACCACGACGACGCAAAGGAUGAAAGACCCAAGCCCGCGAGGAUGUUCGAUCAGCUCACGACGCCGAUCUCGAACCUCGAGUUCUCGGAGGAUGGCCAGAUGCUGGUCAUGACAUCCCGCUGGAAGAAGAACGCCCUGAAACUCGUGCACCUCCCCAGCUGCACGCUGUACAGGAACUGGCCGACGGACAAGACACCGCUGGGCAGGAUCAGUGCCGCCACGCUGUCGCCAGACGGGAGCUACCUCGCUGUGGGAAAUGAGCAGGGAAAAAUCAGAUUGUGGGAGAUACGCGAGUAG